AUGGACGUUUUCAGUGAUUCUGGAGAGUUAUACACAAUAAGAAACCAAUUCUACACCAAUCAGCAUCACAAAGUCACGUCGUAUUCUUUGGAUCAAUUUUCAGAAGAGAAUCAGCUUAAGGUCCUAGAAUAUCAAAUUAGAUCAACGAUAGCCUUAGGAGAAGAUGCUUCGCAAUUAAUCGAAAACGGAAAGCUGUUGUUUCCCGAGCAUGAAGAACUUUUCCAAUUAUUAAGCGCCUAUGACGAUUUAAAUUCCUUUGGAACUGACGAUUCAACUUAUUUUGAUGACAUUAAAGUUGCACUGUUCGAGUUGCAAGCAAUUUUAACGGCAGUCUACUUGGUUAAAUUUGAAAAAGAUAUUGAUCAGGCUAUCUCAUUCUUAACAAGCUAUAUUGACAGCAAUACUAAGUUUGAUGAGAUCGAACCAUUUUUAAUUUUAAUCCAGUUACAUUUAAUACAGGGUAAUUUCUCAGCAGCAAACAAGAUUUUUGAAAGUUUCAAAAGCUUUCCUGAUUCAACCAGGGACAGCAUUAUCUACCAAGUAAUUGAAUCCUGGAUCUUAUCUAUAAAAGGGGAGUCCGAUAACAUCAAUAAUGCCUAUUACUUUUACGACGAAUGGCUCUCCAGUGAUUUCGAAGAUGAUCCUCAGGGUAAAUAUCAGCUCCUCAAUGUCUUAUUUGUAUUGACCCUUCAAUUGAAACAUUAUCCGGAAGCACUAGAAAUUUCAUCUCAAAUCAGAGGUUUGGAUGUAAAGCCUACAGGUGAUUUUAUAGCUAAUGAAGUUACCUUUGAUUAUAUCUCAAAUGGUGGAGCCAACGUGGAGCAAUUGCUAAAUGAAUUAAAGAACGUUGAUCCUGAGCAUCAGCUUUUAGUUGAUCAAGAAGAGAAAAAUAUAAAAUUCGAUGAAAUCGUUGCCAAGUACGAAACCGUAAUCUAG